AUGAUUCAGCAGGCUCUUACUUUAGUACAAUCAUCUUGUUUAAUAAGAUAUAAACAUAUUAUAGACAACAUUUUAUCAAGUUUACCACUAAGGGAUGCUGUGAGGACAAGUAUCUUGUCAAGUAAGUGGAGAUUUAAAUGGGUUACACUUCCACAUCUUGUAUUCGAAAAUCAGUCUGUCCUGAUUUCUGCCCAAGAUCAAACCAUCAUAAAGAACAAACUUGUGAGCGUUAUUGACCACGUGCUGUUACUUCAUACGGGCCCCAUAUAUAGGUUUAAGCUUUCUCAUCGCGAUCUUCAAGGUGUCAGUGAUGUUGAUAGAUGGAUUCUUUUCUUAUCAAGGGGCUUUGUUAAGGAAUUUAUACUUGAAAUAUGGAAAGGACAUCGUUACAAGCUCCCUUCUUCUAUGUACUCCUUUCAAAAGUUGAUCCAUCUGGAACUUUUUAAUUGUCUUUUAAAACCUCCGUAUACAUUUAAUGGCUUUAAAAGUUUGAAGAGCCUUGAUCUUCAGCAUAUAACCAUGGACCAAGGUGCAUUUGAGGAUAUGGUAUCCAACUGUCCUUUACUUGAGCGGCUGACAUUGAUGAACUUUGAUGGUUUUACUCAUCUUAAAAUCCAUGCUCCAAAUCUCGUCUUCUUUGACGUUGGAGGAGUUUUUGAAGAAGUGGAUUUUCAUGAUACCAUCAAUCUGGCUAUUGUCUCUAUUGGCUUGUAUUCGAACACUGGAAGUGACCGGAAUAUGGCUUUCGGAUGCACUGGUAAUCUGAUCAAGUUUUUUGCUAAUCUACCUCGUAUUCAAAGGCUUGAGGUGCAGAAUUUUUUCUUGAAGUAUUUGGCUGCUGGCGGUGUACCAGUAAAGCUGCCUACACCUUGUAUCGUUCUUACUUUUCUUUCGAUACGAGUUAAUUUUAACGACAUGGAGGAGGAUCUGGCUGCUCUCUGUCUUCUUCGCAGUUGUCCUAACCUUCAAGAGCUCGAGUUGUUUGUAAGUUCUUGCAUCCUCUGUACUGUUGCUACAUGUCCAUGUUUUUCUUUAAUGGAAUGCUUCUAGCCAUUCAUUUUU